AUGUUCGCUCUUGCAAGAUUCGGGCUACAGGCUCCAAAGGUGGGUGUUCCCGGACUCAUACGGGGACUUGCCACCUCCGCGUCGGCUGCGCCGGAAAAGAGAAACACCACCAAACCGGAAAGCGGAAGAAAAACCUACCUCUUGGACGUGUACAAGCAUUUCGAUAAGAACAACCAGAUCAUGCUGUUUGCGCACCACAACAAUCUCACAGCACACGAUAACCUGAAAAUCAAGCUGCAGAUCGAGGAAGCUGGCGCACAAAUGAGAAAACUCAAGGUGUCGCUCUUCAAGCACUACCUCAGAGCAUCCCACCACAAAGACCCUGCUUCUAAGGCUGCCUACCGCCAGGUGAAGAAACACAAAAUAAGACAUCCUUUGGAGCCGCUUUUGAAGGGACCCACGGCUGCCAUUCUGAUCAAAGACCUGAAUCCUAAAGUGGUGAAGAACGUCGUCAAGGCCCUCAAAGCACACAACGAGCGCUUUUUCCUUGUUGGUGGCCGGAUUGGCACCGACGUGGUUGACAUUGCGGACAUCGACGAGUUCAAGGAGAUGCCAACAAUGGACGAGCUGCGGUCUCAACUGGUUGGAAUGUUGACCGUUCUUUCAGGAGCGGGCCUGGUCAGAACUCUGGAGAGCGCUGCCAAUACUCUGUACUUGACCAUGGACACCCAUAGACAGGAGCUGGAGAAGAAGGACAACCCAGAGAAGGACGAGAAGCAGGAGUGA